CAUACGUUUCUUUUGCAGGAGUAGAAAAUAGGGAGUAAAUAAAACGGAAAAAAUCAUUGAAUAAAACGGAAAAAAUCCUCCAACCGGAGAUGGGGCGGCUCUCCGUCGGCGGUAUUGCUACUGGUGCACUGGCUGCCUGAUCGGGAAGUUCAUCUCGCCGAUUUCCGACGCCGUUGCCCACAUCUUCAUGCCGAAAUUGUAUAGUAUUUGCUUCAUAUUCUUUUUCUUUAAAUGUACCAUUGAAUUGCCCACGCACUUGAAAUUCGAGCAGAGUGGAGUUUCCUCCGGGAGUAGGGUUUCUGGCAAUUAUUUUCGCCUGGGUUUUUAUUCCUUUCUUGGCAUUCGAAGUUUAUUUGAAUCGAGGGGGAAGGAAAUGAGAGAGAUGAUUCAUCGUUGGGAAGUUGUCUUUAGUUUGGUGCUUUUGCUAUCUGUUUCUACAACAAAGGCAUCUGAUACGAUAGAUUCUUUUGACCAGUGUGAAAACACUGUCAAGAACUGGGUAUCUUCUUCCCUUGAAUCAGAAAUUAGCAGAGACAAUCAUCAGUUGAGGGACUUGCUAUUUUUCCUUCACAUACCUAGGACAGGAGGAAGGACAUAUUUUCACUGUUUCCUGAAAAAGCUUUAUGCCAACUCUCUGGAGUGUCCACGCUCCUAUGAUAAGUUAAGGUUUGAUCCCAGAAAGGAAAACUGUCGAUUGUUGGCUACCCAUGAUGACUACAGUGUGAUUACCAGACUUCCUAAGCAUAGAACUUCCGUGGUCACAAUUAUUAGGAAUCCAAUCGACCGUGUUUUUAGUGCUUAUGAAUUUUCAUUGGAAGUAGCUGCUAGGUUCUUGGUGCACCCUAACUUAACAUCUGCCACUAGAAUGUCGGGAAGGGUCCGUUCAAGUUCAAAGGGAGUAAGCACCCUAGAUAUCUGGCCGUGGAAGUAUUUGGUUCCUUGGAUGAGAGAAGACCUAUUUGCUCGAAGAGAAGCUAGAACACGUAGAGGAAAAACGAUUAUCAAUGGAAAUGAUCCUUACAAUAUGGAAGAAAUUGUGAUGCCGUUGCACAAAUAUAUCAAUGACCCCAUGGCUCGGGAUAUCAUCCAGAAUGGGGCCACAUUUCAGGUUGCAGGACUCACAAACAACUCUUAUGUGGCAGUGUCUCAUCACGUGCGCCGUUGUGUCUUGAAGUAUCGGAGUCUGGGUCAGUAUGUACUUGAAGUCGCAAAGAAGAGGUUGGAUGGAAUGUUGUAUGUGGGAAUCACUGAGAACCACAAAGAGUCUGCCGCCAUGUUUGCAAAUGUAGUUGGUACUCAGGUGAUUUCCCAGCUAACUCCAUCAAGCUUUGGCAAAAGCACGGAAGCAUCUUCCAACAAUUCAGAAAAAAUCAGUCCUUCCGGAGAUUCUGCUUCUGAUACAGAGAUGACUGCAGAAAAACUUAUUGAAGUGUAUGAGGGCUGCGUUUCGAGCUUACGCUCAUCUCAGUCACAAAGAAGAGCAAAGUCACUGAUGAGAAUAUCUCCUGCAAAUUUUACAAAAGAGGCUCGCUGUCGGAUUCCAGCACAACUCAUACAGGAGAUAGCAUCACUAAACAGCCUGGACAUGGAACUCUAUGAGUAUGCGCAAGUCAUCUUUGAAAGGCAAAAAAACCAAGUCGGAGUGCAGAGAGCGGAGUUUGGUGCGGAUCACGGAAAACUGGGGAGCGGUUGGGACGACGCGGCGGCCGCCGCCUCUUGGAGACUCCUUUGUUUUGCAUCCCCUUUUGUGUUGGUGUCACUCUGUCUUUUCAUCUUUGUAAGUGCAAGGCGAAGAUCAGUGUCAAAGGUUAAAUUAUAAACAAACGUGACUUUGACUUGAGUCCCUAAUUAAGAAAGAAAGAAAAAAAACACAUACUCCCUCCGUCCCUGAGUAUUUGUCCACUUUUGACUUUUUUUGGUCAAAAUUGGUAAACUUUGACCUCAAAUUAAAUAAAAAUGAUAUUA